AUGACUGCGGAUUAUCAAGCGCUAGAUACAGGCGCAGCUGCCGAUGAUUCAAACGUAGCGGCCAUGAUUCGCUCUCACAGACGCGAUACCUGGAGUCGGCUUGCCCGCGGAAUAACAGGGCCAGGCACUUACAAUGGAAGGAGUCACCGGCGUGCCGGUGCCAACGCAGUGACACAUACAGAAAGGUGGGGGCGCAAUUCGCGGCGAUCGCGACAGGGAAUGAGAUCCUACAGACAAACCGCAAACAAAAUUCCGAUAAGCAAACGCGGAGAAAAGCAAGAAAGCCGUAUUAUGGGGGGGCGGAGGCUUGCAGAGAGCGACCAUUCUAUUAACCAGUUGAAACCGCAGAACGGGCGGGCCCCUCUAGCGAGAAAUGACAAGGUAUCCCAGGCGAGCAAUGCAUUCAACGAUGUGGACUAUCCUAGUAAGUUCCCGGCAGGUGGAGUGCAGCCCUCUGAACACAGGCAGCAUAUCGCUCAUGCGGGAUGGCGCAGUGAAAACACAAUUCCCAUUGGUAAUUCUCCGCAGACACAGGUCUACGGUGAGGCAAUGUGCGAUACAAGCACGAGGCCUGCCAAUUCCGUGACACCGGAGAGGCUUUCUGAUCCCUCGUUUGGCGUUGAACCGAAGCCAACUGAGCUAGCUGGCAAACGUGCUGCUGACCGCUUUACCAGGAUUCAAGAAGCAAACGGGAUCGAAUUCUGGAUGGGAAAAGCUGUGAGGAGCGCGGCGCUUACCGCCGCGACCAUUCAGCACUUUAUCGACGAAACCCGCAGGAAGGCUUCGGCAUCGGAAGCAUACCUGGAGCAGCACAUCAACGUGGUGAACAGCCUGGCGGCCAGAUUUAUGCGAUUCAACAACGAGAUGAGACUAGCGAUUGAAAAAGCCGCGGAUUACCCCGACCUGCAGAAACAAAUGGCUGUGUACUGGCUGGAGCACAUUAUUGUUCAGCAGCUGCUCAUUUUCAGAGAAAUCCGCGUGGCAGUAUUAGGACAGCAGCCUACUCUUGCGGUACCGUCUUCGUUAGUUGCUUUCUGA